GACUGCUCUUUGAAGGGACGCUGUCAGCCCGUGGCGGUAGUGAGAGGGGGCCGGGGCAGCUGAGCGUAGGGAGCCGCUCGGUUUCCAGCGGGGCAUCCCGCAGGCGCGGACGGGAGAGCUCGGCUUUGAGCCCGGCGCGAUGGACUUGGUGCUGCGCUGCCAGAUGCGCACGGAGAGCAAGGACGCGAGAGAGAUCUAAGUUUUCUUGGAUUUUCUUGUUUUAGAUUCGCUCUUUGGGAGCGGAGGGGAGGGGGGCGCGGAAGGGCUCCCGACGGCCCCCUCCUUACUUCAACCCCGCUCCGGAGCCGUGUGCCGGUGCCAGGGGGACGGGGUUGGCUAGCGCGGCGCGGGGGUAGGCGCUGGGGUUUGCAUGCCCGCACCCGGGGCUCCGUGUGCCCCCCACCCCUGAUCGCGCCGGGAGCUCCUCCACGUCCGGGCGCGCCGCGGGGGCUCCCCCGCCCCGGGUUGCUUUGGGGGAGGCCAGGGAGGGGGGAUCGCUCCUUCGGGGCGGGCUUGCCAGGAUGGAGCUGCGGUCGGAACUGCCCAGCGUGCCCGCCGCGCCCCCGCCGGUCCCCCCCAGCUCCGUGGCGGCGGCCGCGGCGGCGGCGGCGGCCACGCUGCCGGUGAGCGUGGCCGGGAGCUUGCUGCGGGCCCCGCCGCUGCUGCUGCGGGCGGCCGAGAAGUACCCGCGGACGCCCAAGUGCGCCCGUUGCCGCAACCACGGGGUGGUGUCGGCGCUGAAGGGCCACAAGCGGUACUGCCGCUGGAAGGACUGCAUGUGCGCCAAGUGCACCCUCAUCGCCGAGCGCCAGCGCGUCAUGGCCGCCCAGGUCGCGCUGCGCCGCCAGCAGGCGCAGGAGGAGAACGAAGCCCGGGAGCUCCAGCUGCUCUACGGCACGGCCGAGGGGCUGGCCCUGGCCGCCGCCAACGGCAUCAUCCCGCCGCGGCCCGCGUACGAGGUCUUCGGCUCCGUCUGCGCCGGGGGCGGCGGCGAGGGAGGCGCCGGCGCCUCAGAGUCCAAGAUGCAGAAGUUCGAGCUGUUCCCCAAGACGCUGCUGCCGAGCCGCGCCGUCACCCCGCAGCAGGCGGGCGGGAAGCCCCUCUCCCCGGACGGCGAGUCCGUGCCCGGCACCUCCUCCCCAGAAGCUCGCCACGGCUCGGGCUCGGAGAACGGGGACGGCGAGUCCUUCCUGAGCUCGCCCGUCUCCAAGGGGCCGAAGGAGGGGGAGGAGAGCCCGGGCUCCAUCAGCCCGCUGGGCUCGGACUCGGGCUCGGAGGCGGACAAGGACGAGCAGGACCCGUCGCCCUCGGCCGGCGGCCGGCAGCGGACUCCCAUCGACAUCCUGACGCGCGUCUUCCCGGCGCACAAGCGCAGCGUGCUGGAGCUGGUGCUGCAGGGCUGCGGCGGGGACGUGGUACAGGCCAUCGAGCAGAUCCUCAACAACCGCGGCCCGGAGAAGGGCCCCGAGGAGGGCUGGGCCCGGGACGGCGCCUUGCAAGGCCUUCCACCCACCCCCGCCGCCGCCGCCGCCGCCCACCACCGGCCCUUGAUCGCCGGCGCCAUGGCCCCGGCCAUCGGUACGCUGGGCAGCCGCUCCGCCUUCUCCCCCCUGCAGCCCAACGCCACGCACUUCGGGGCCGAGGCCGGCGCCUACCCGCUGGGCACCCACCUGGGACUCAACCCCCUGCGCCUCGCCUACUCGGCGCACAGCCGGGGACUGGCCUUCAUGACCCCCUACUCCACGGCCGGGCUGAUGCCCACCCUGGGGUUCCGGCCACCCGUGGACUACGCCUUCAGCGACCUCAUGCGGGACCGCUCCGCCGUGCACAAGGAGCAGGUCUACUCCGGCGGGCUCUACGGGCCCAUGGUCAACAACACCCCCGAGAAGCAAUAGCGAGGGGCGGCUUCCUAAAGCUCGUCUGAGUAGAGGUAGCUAGGUAGGCACGGGUGGACGGACACGGGUGGCUUUCUCUCCCCUCUUCCCCCAUGCAGAGCCCGGCGCGGACAGACGUAGGUGUAAUUAAAACGGUGAUAAAGGUGCACUUUCAUUGUCACUCUUUGUUGCUUAUGGCCAUAAGCAUGGAUACAUACAUGGAUAUCCUUUGGUGCGUCGUGGGGUGUGUACACACACACACACUCUUUUUUCCCCACACACAUACAUAUAUAUAUGUAUACUAGCAAGUGUAUAAUGUUAUAAAAUGGAAAUCUAAGUUAUUAAUGUAACUCGUAGGUGAACUUGGUAUUAACGUUAAGCUAAAGGUUAGACAGCUCAUUGUAAUACUUACCAGGCAUAUAGAUUAAACAUUGUCAAAUUGAAAGCCUUUUCCUUCCCGCCCCCAGAAAUGUUACGAUCUGUAUAUAACAUUGGAAAGUAGAUAUAUUUGUAACUGUCCGUAGGAUCCCGGCGCCAACGGUGUAUGACGGUUUAAUGAGCCUCCUUCAUUUGUGAUCUGCAAGAAAAUUGCUUUCUUGUUCCAAUGUAGCAAAC